AAAACCACCAAAUAACUGAUAAAUCCAAAAACUUAAAUAUUCGUUGCAAAAUAAACAAAAAAACAAAAAAACAAAAACAAAAAAACAAAAAAGCGAAUUUUAAUAGAUUGGAAACGAAGGGAAGCAAAUCGUGUAUAUUUUUUUGCUUUCAUUUCCGAUAUCUUCCUUCCAAAGCGAUUGAAAAAAAAAAAAAUCGUUUUGGUUUUUGAUUUUAUUGGUUCAAAACAAUUCCGAAGUUUUCAUUUUUAUUUUGCAGAUUUUUUCUUUUUUAAAUUUUUUCCGGGGAUUUGAUACUGUUUGGGAGGUGGCAAAAAAGAAAAUUUCUUGGGGUGGGGGUUUUGGGAAGUCGGGAAAUCAAUCGAAGACGGAGCCGUUGGUGGGAAUAAGGAGGGGCUCUGACUGUUUGGUGGGACUGGAGUGCUUGCUGAACAUCAUCAGAGCCCUUGGGAUGGGCUCCUGCUUCUCUAUGGAUGGCUCUACGGCCAUAUCAUAUACCCAAGCUUCUUCUUCUUCUUCAUCGAAGAAGAAGAACAGUUACAGAAGGAAGAACAGAAUGGGUGCUUUGUCUUCUUCUACAAAUUCUCCACCUUCGUCUUCUUGCGCCACCGUUGAUUCCAAGAUGGAAAUAUGGCUUCACAGAGUUCCUGGGAGAUUCUGCUUGAAUGGGUCUACGGAUGAAGCUUCACUCUUCACCAAGCAGGGGAAAAAAGGAGUUAAUCAGGACGCCAUGAUCGUUUGGGAGAAUUUUGGCUCAAAGCCAGAUACAACCUUUUGUGGUGUUUUUGAUGGCCAUGGUCUUAAUGGCCAUCUGAUUGCAAAAAAGGUGAGGGAUUCUCUUCCUUUAAAGGUGAGUUCUCAGUGGGAAUUAAGUAGUAGCAUCAGAGAUGGGCAGAGUGAUGUUAAGUCAGAUGCUAUGGGGAGUCUGAACUCCAAAGUGACUGCCGUUAUGCCGGGUCUUGAGUACGGGACUAAACACACUGAAAUGUUGAUGACAUUGAAAGACUCUUUUCUAAAAGCUUUUAAGGCGAUGGACAAGGAGCUCAAAUUGCAUCCUCGUAUGGAUUGCUAUUGCAGUGGGACAACAGCAGUUACCUUGGUCAAGCAGGGUCAGGAUCUUAUUGUUGCUAAUACUGGGGAUUCAAGGGCUGUAUUGGGUACCAGAGAGGAAGAUGACUCUCUCAUUCCAUUUCAGUUAACUGUUGACCUUAAACCGAAUCUUCCAAGGGAAGCAGAGAGGAUUAGACUGUCAAAAGGACGAGUUUUUGCACUUCAAAAUGAGCCUGAGAUUGCUCGAGUUUGGCUGCCAAACAUUAAUUCCCCUGGCCUUGCAAUGUCCCGGGCCUUUGGAGAUUUUUGCUUAAAAGACUUUGGCUUGAUUUCAGUCCCUGAUAUUACUUAUCAUCGUAUUACUGAGAAGGAUGAAUUUGUAGUAUUGGCUACAGAUGGGAUUUGGGAUGUCCUCUCCAACAAUGAAGUUGUGAACAUAGUGGCAUCAAGCACACGAUCUCGUGCAGCUCAAGCCCUGGUGGAGUCUGCAAUAAGAGCAUGGAGGCACAAGUUCCCUUCGGCAAAGGUAGAUGAUUGUGCUGUGGUUUGUCUCUUCCUCAACUCAGUUUCAAAGAAAACUUGUGAAGGAGAAGAAAGCAAUGUCAGAUCAAGUUGACAUUAAUUAAAAAUACGCUUCUGGCAUGCUGGCACGGAACCUACCACGAAACUCUAGGAUCACAGUGGUGGUAUAAAAUAGGGAAGGAGCAGUAGCUGUUAGCCUGCUUCAAGGCAUGGAAUACUAUUUUAAGCCUUUAUUAAAGUAAGCAGGCUGCCAAAAGUGAAAGAAAUAGGUUCAUAUUUUUUCAUUUUUAUUGUCUAUAUUUCUUCUCAUUCUUUCAUACUAUGAUUUCUUUAGGGAAAGCUGGGGAAUUUUGUAGAUGAAAACUUUCCUCCUUUUUUCUUCCCUCAAGCAUUUUGAAUUUGGUCUUGGUCUUGGAGCUCUAUAGUUCAUCUCCGAGGCUAGUAUGAUUUUUUACCUUCAUUGUUGACAUUUCUAAAGUGAUGGGUGAUUUUCCCUCUUUUGUUGGUGGGUUUGGAUUUGUUGUUUUUUUAUGUAAUUCCAAACCACCUUUUUCUGGUCUUAUAAGCUUUGUCAGUUUGGAUAUGUAUGCCUCUUGUUUGAACAAAAACAUAUUUAUAUUCAAUAUCCUCUCUGUUUCUA